GAAUAAAAGGAAAAACUCUCCCUCAGACUAGGGUUUCUCUCCCCUCGUCACUCAGCUCUUUCCUUCCAAACCCUCUCCCUCUAUCUCCAGAAGAAGAACCAGAGAUAAAACUCACAGUGGCUUCAGCCAAUUCUCAAUGACUGCGUCUGGAUUCAGGUGGACGAAAAGUGAAACAGGAUUCUGCCUUCCCUGAAUCGGUCUUCUUAUACAAAAUGUUUGAGCAUUGCCUAUGGAAGGAUUAAGAUUGGUAGUGGAAUCUGUUACGUGGUGACUUAAAACGGUCUGACUUCAUAUACACAACAAACCUUACACAGAUGGCAAGUGCAGACAUUGCAAAUUCAGUUCUUGCACAAGCAGAAGAAAUCAAACUUCAGGCCAAUGAAUCAUUUAAUGCUAACAAGUUUUCACAAGCUAUUGAUCUGUACACCCAAGCCAUUGAGUUAAAUGGUAAGAAUGCUGUAUAUUGGGCUAAUCGGGCCUUUGCCCACAUUAAGUUGGAGGAAUAUGGUAGUGCUGUUCAGGAUGCAUCAAAGGCUAUUGAAGUUGACCCAAAAUAUGUUAAGGGCUAUUACAGAAGAGGUGUAGCUUAUCUUGCAAUGGGAAAACUUAAAGAAGCUUUGAAAGAUUUUCAACAGGUGGUGAAAGUCAAUCCAAACAAUCCUGAUGCUGUUAAGAAGUUGAAGGAAUGUGAGAGAGCUGUAAUGAAACUGAAAUUUGAAGAAGCUAUUGCAGUCCAUGAUGUUGAAAGACGAUCAGUAGCUGAUUCUAUUGAUUUUCAUACUAUAGAGGUGGAGCCACAAUAUUCCGGUGCAAGGAUAGAGGGUGAAGUUGUAACUUUGGAUUUUGUUAAGAAAAUGAUGGAUGACUUUAAGAACCAGAAGUGCUUACAUAAGCGAUAUGCAUACCAGAUUGUACUGCAGACAAGAGAAAUGUUGCAUGUUUUGCCUUCUCUAGUUGAUAUAACUGUCUCAGAUAACAAUCAUUUCACUGUUUGUGGCGAUGUACAUGGCCAGUUCUAUGAUUUGUUGAAUAUAUUUGAGCUCAAUGGACUUCCCUCAGAUGAGAAUCCAUAUUUGUUCAAUGGUGAUUUUGUUGAUAGAGGAUCCUUUUCACUUGAAGUUAUUCUCACUCUAUUUGCAUUCAAGUGUAUGUCGCCAACAGCUAUUUAUUUAGCAAGAGGAAAUCAUGAGAGUAAGAGCAUGAACAAGAUAUAUGGUUUUGAAGGAGAGGUCAAGUCAAAGUUGAGUGAAACAUUUGUUGAAAUCUUUGCCGAAGUAUUUUGUUGUUUGCCUUUAGCACAUGUUAUAAAUGGGAAGGUCUUUGUAGUUCAUGGAGGUCUUUUCAGUGUUGAUGGUGUAAAGCUUUCUGACAUUAGAGCAAUUGAUCGGUUUUGUGAGCCCCCAGAAGAAGGAUUGAUGUGUGAACUGCUUUGGAGUGAUCCCCAACCUUACCCUGGAAGAGGCCCCAGCAAGCGAGGCGUAGGACUUUCUUUUGGUGUAGAUGUUACUAAGAGAUUUUUACAGGAAAAUAAUUUAGAUUUAGUUGUUCGAUCACAUGAAGUGAAGGAUGAAGGAUAUGAGAUUGAGCAUGAUGGUAAACUGAUUACUGUGUUUUCAGCUCCAAACUAUUGUGAUCAGAUGGGGAACAAGGGUGCUUUCAUACGGUUCCAAGCUCCUGAUAUGAAACCGAACAUUGUUACUUUUUCAGCAGUUCCACACCCUGAUGUGAAGCCGAUGGCAUAUGCCAAUAACUUCCUUAGGUUGUUCUCUUGAUUUAUUUGCCUGCUGACCGUCCCUCCUUUUGUUAGAUUUUGGCAUAAAUUUCAAUCUAGGCGAUGAAAUACUGGGAAUACACCAAGUGCACGUUACUGUUGGACUGACCUGAUAAACUGGUUACAAAACAGAGAGGUCCAGUUUUUGUGUCAUGGAAGGAAAAUAUUUAAAGAUGCAUCAUUUUUUUCUCCUCCCUAGUUUCAGUUGUGAUUUACCAAAAGGAACUUAUCCCCCUUGUUCCAGGUGAAGAUACUGGUAAAAGGAGGCCGUGUAAAUUAUAUGAUUCUUUAUUGGCUACUAUUUUUUGCUUGAUUUUGCUAUUCACUGUUCAUAUUUUUGUUUC